AUGAGGAUCGUCGUGUAUCUGCUUCUGUUUGCAAGUUUUCUAGUCAUAUUCUCAGGUAUUGACUCAGACAUAAUUGAAUCUCCGGGAAAUCUUAAUGUUGUUCUUUUAGAAUGUAAACCCAGUCGGUCAAAGUCCCGCUUUUCAAGCUAUGGCAAACGUUCGCGCCAUUCCUACAUCGGCAGCAGGUCAACCGGUUUGUAUGUUAACUGUCUCCAGAAACUAGGGUUUUGUGGCAGAGUCUUCUGUUUAAUGUUUUUGGCCUUCCGGCCUGUCCUGAAACAAUGUUUUGACAAAAUUAGUUAGCAAUUGCUACCUCUACGAUGUAUACAACGUGCUACACCCUAUUGACGACGCAGUUGCUUUUAACCUUCUUAGGAGUCCAUCUACAAUUUCCACUACUUACAUAUGUCAUAGAGUCUUGGUAAUAAUCGUAGCGAGGGAAGGACUGCAAAGUUGGCCGCGGAGACAUAUAGCAAUUUAGGGGCAACACAUGUAGGCGAAGGUUUUUGACGUACGUAUUCCGGAUGCUGCCUACGCCAGCUUCUCGAAAUCUAGUCUUUCUGAUAUUAUGGCGAUAUAGACGGUGCGACCCAUGUCGACGUGUAGUCGAUAUCCCCAUCUCAACAUUUCGACACCAACUACCUAACUAGUCGUCAUACCCUUUUCUAUCAUGACACGCGAAUAGUGAUUUGUGCUUCGCCCUAGACCGUUUACUACCAACUGGACUUAUCCGAAUCGCCAUUGCCGUUGAAGUUUUGCUCGCAAUACUAUCGCCAUCUCAAGUUAUACUUACCUUGUGGAAGACCUCGAGAACUACUCGGCUCCACGGAAGAAUAAGUUUUGCUGUUUGUGCGAUGUGGGUCGAACUCAUUUGUGGGUAUUCUAUUUUUUCACUAUCCUAAGGCGUGAUCACCCCACACACUGCUGUCUGUAAACCUUCCGCAUGCGCCACGAACACAGGUUGAGACCUUAAAGACACAAGCUUAUUGGAAACAAAUCAGCAACAAGCACGACCGGCAAAAGCCUGCCUUUAACUACACCGAAUAUACAUCGAGUGGAUUAAACUCUACUGCUGAGUAUGGUAUUCUCAGAUCUUCACCCUCACGAAAUUUCACGCAUUAAUAUGCACGUUACUGACUGAGGGAUCGUGCAGUGACCACCUGAGUUGAGUCUUUUCGCUCAUCCAAAUGCUAAAUUGAAAUGAAUCCAUAGUGUGUUUCGAUAUAUUCAACACAAGGUGCUUCGGCGUCCCCCUAUGCAAAUUUUUUGGGUGAAGAGACUAGAGGGGACUGGUGAUUGUAUGCCACCUCAUAGCCCGCCUAAAGUCCCGGAUAGCCACCUCACAGCCCAACCCAACCCCGCCAUAUCUGAAGGGGGUUUGUGCCAGCAGGGACAUAUAUAGAUGACGUACUUUUAGGCCCAUAUCUCGAUCUUUUAUUGCUCCACUAUUCACUCCGUUUCUGAGACGAUAGCAGUAGCAUGCACUCUUUGUCCAUCAGUAAAAUCUGCUUUCAGCUCCCUUGCAUUUUCUUUGCCUGCGUAAUCGUCUUUCACCAAGACGAUAUAAUCUGCUUGAAGAAACAACCUGCAUGAUAGACAGCUUGAAGGCCAGUCAGCGCGUUAAAAGUUGGAGGGUAGUGAAACCCAUCUCUAUCAGGUGCUUACCACGAAAUUACCAGACUCUUUGGUCGUAUGAAUUUGCGGCUGCAGUCCAUGCAUCGGAAGUAGUCAGUCGUAGUUGUUUACGGGUCUGGAAAGUCGAUUAUCCCCAAAGGGUAUCGCAAUCCAAAAUGGUAUUAUGACACGGCGUUUGUUGUCCGCUACCUGUUAAGGCUUUAGCACCAUCGUCGCCCCAGAAACUAAACUCGUGCCUGUUGAGCGAGCGGGACCGGAGACCUCGCUUUUAUGUUAUCUCUGUGGGGACCCGUAAACUGUGCCAUGGACUCUCGGGACCGACUUAACCAGUUACCUGAAGUGGUUUAGCAGAAUCGUCCAGUCUUAUAAUCGGGUUUGCACCGCUAUUCAAAAAAUUUCAGCUUUUAGAUCCCACAUCAGCUAGUUUACUAACAUUACUUCAUUCCUCUCAGAAAGCACUGACUUGCCUUUCGAUUACUGGUCUAUCUGACUGAGGACAGAAAAUAAGUCCGAAAUGGUCAUACUGGUCGUCAUCCAUGUACCUCCGGAUCAGUAGUCUGUGAAUCUGUGAGUGCCUGUCUUGUUUUCUCUAACCGGAUCGGCUGCGUUCGACAAAUAUUCCAGAUUAUAGCCGUCAGAUCAUGGGUUACUUUAGUAACUUCCUCCUAGUAUGAGCAGUAAUUUAGGCUUUUUGGCCUCCGUUACGUGUUACAUUAGAGAUCGGGGUAGACUAUGGGAGCUCUGGCAAUUCUCGAGCUAGAAUACAGUAAGGUAAGGUAUAUGAAAUAGGGCAAUUUUUUUAGAAGCUGCUUCUAUGUUCUGGAAAAAUAAAAGUGUACCGCAAACCUCGUUUGUGUGUAAAAUCGUUUUUGGUAAACAUGCAAGUAGGAUCACUUUAUGGGCAAUGUAUGACUUAUUUUAUCCCCAUUCCUUUCCCUCCAUUUGCCAAAAGGUCCAUGAGUCGUAAAUCAGCUCUCCUUGGGACUACCGCUGGGCUAGCUGGUGCUUACAUUGUCGUUAAACUUGCUUCUCACGAUCGCCUGAGUGAGUCUGCACAGUGACGGAAACUGCUUUUCAUUUACCCCAAGUUUAAUGCUGUCUCCAGUAUUAUUUUAUGUGGUAAUGGAUAGCGAAUAUUACGAUUUGUGUACUUCCAAAACUUACGUAUGCACAUUUGGGACGUUAAACCGUUGAGGGGUUGUUUAUUCGUUAAGGGAACCUCCCAGAGUUAAAUCCCUGAUAUGUUCAGUUGGUGACUUGCCACAUUAAGUUAUCUGGUUCUCCUACAUUACCCUUCAGUCACCCACUUCUCCGUUCGUUGUUUUGCUGAGGGAGGCGGCUGCAAUUCUUCGUAACACGUCACCUAAGCGCCAAUGCGAAAAGGCUUGACAGUGAAAAGCAUUCGAAUGCACAUUCUGUCUUGCGAGGAUAGUAACAGUCAGUCGGUUGCCUCCGUGAGUGGCGGUCGUCGUUUGCUUUCACAUGUGACAACGUAUGUGCGACAGUCUUUCGUCACAGCUUUGAAACCCAUCCUAUUCUCCUCGAUCUUUCGACCGUCCAAAGGCGACGUGUUCCUCGACUGUCUCGGAAGGAGACACUGAUGAUUUGCGCCUAUGUUUGCGUGCAUAGAGCGGACUUGCUCUCCAUCUACCUCACUCACUCCUACAACUUUCGUCGUGCUUCAAUAACAGGAGAUGGGCGUGGUUCCGGACUCCACAUAUAACAGGUUUCAUUUUGAUGGAAUAUCGGACCUCAGUCAAGAGAUAAUGUCAUUAAAAACACUUUAAGAGGUUGCGAUUGCAGUCCGAACCCCACUUCUGAGAAGAAUCGAGUUAUCCCGUCAUCUGGCAACCGCGCAUGCCGCUCAAUCUUUAUGAUGAAUGUCUCACUGCCGACCCCUCUCCUUUUCACUGAUGGGCUCUUUAAGUCUGUCGACCGACCGAGGAUGAGACUAGGUUCAGUGACUGGCCUGGCGGGGCCUUUUACUUACACCGCAUGCAUUUGCGCAAUAGUUUGGAGUUCAUGCAAACCCACUACAGUCUGGUGAACGUUUUUAGCGAGCCAACACUUUCUCCUCUUUGAUUCAAGGCAACUGCAUCUCAACCCAUUUAGGACAUCUUUGCGUCAUCACUUGAACGGCACUAGACGAUGCAGUGAAUCAUUCGGCAGAACUAACACAUGAAUACCUAUACGGUUUUUGGGCGUUGAGAGUUCGCCUAGUUGGACGUGAUCGAGAUUGCAAUGAUGUUGUACCGGAGGCUAAGCGCAAGUUGUGUUUUUCAGUUCUACCAGUUUUGAUAGAUGACCGCUCACCCAUCGCACUCUGUUUUUUCACACAUCUUGGAACAUGUUUGAGAAGUAGAAAGUCUCAGUCAUAGAAGCCUGCGUUCGUUUUCUACGGCUGUGAUCGUGCCUGCUCUUGCCGAUGUCGAUUAUGCCUCAACAGCGGACUUGGAUUGCAUCUUCCCUUCCGAGUUUUCAAGGUUCACGAGCCACCUAACCAGAUUUUUGGCUUAUCUAUUUUUCGAUGCACGGAGGUGAGCAGUAGCGUCGAAUUGUAUGAGACUGGGUAUGGCUGUUCGAAGACGACUAACAAACCCUCAUUGUUUCACGAGCCGGAAAUUUCAAGUAUGAGGAGUCUGUUGUUUUCACAAAAUAGUUAGGUUUCAUCCGAGACUAUCGGACUAAUAGCUUAAAUCUAAAGGGCUUUAACAUAGCCGACGGCAUGCCUGCGAAUCGAAAGCACAUCUUUACUGACGCAAAUGCGUGAGCUUUUUAUGGUAAGUUUUCAAACAAUCAACGGUUUAAUAGGAGCGCGCUCACCGAUCGCGCUAUGGAACUCACUCGUCCCGUUGGGCCUUGGGACUCUCUCUCUCUCUAGUCCCGCCAGCAACCAUACAGCGGUGCAUAACCGACAAAGACAAGGGAGACUGGGAUGGCCACUUCUGACUUAUUAGCCGUCGUCAGCUAGCCAUACCCAACCCCGAGGUGUGGAAUACCUGGGGUUCGACCCCGCGACCUGUUGGUUGGAAGUCAAACGCCUCCAAACAUUGAGCCACAGGCUCGUGGUUCUGCCGGUUGCGAUCGAGUAUAUGCAAUGGUAAAUAUGCGCUCACUGAUCGCGCUACGCUACUCAGUCCCCCUUGCCUUUGGCAGUAAUGAUAUUUGGCCUACACUAUACGCCUCUGUGCGGCUGCUGGCUGGGUUCAAGAUAGGGCACCAAGGCACAGUGGGACGAGUGAGUUCUGCAGCGCGAUCUGUGAGGACCCAUCUGUCAUUAUAUGUACCCGAUCGCAACCGACGGAACCACGAGCCCGUGGCUCAAUGGUUAAGGGCGUUGGACUUCUAACCAACAGGUCGCGGAAUCGAGCCACUGGUGUUUCACACCUCGGGGUUGGGUAUGGCUGACUGACGACGGCUAGUAAGCCAAAAAUGGCCAUUCCAGUCUCUCUUGUCUUUAUCGGUAAUGCUGUUUUGUCUACCAGCGUUGUUUCCCUCUGCAGACUUGGGUUCAAGUCAAGUGCUUCUUCUAGGCCUCCAGACGAAACCCACCUUCAUUAUUUCGUCCCCUGACCAACUCAUUAUUGUCUUCUUAUCUGGGAAAAUUUGCGGAAUAGGUAGUAAUUCAGUUGAUCAUAAAGUGAAGCAGUUGUGCCAGUUACUCAUGUGCUGGUGUGCUCUGCAAGGGCAGAAAUUUAGUAAAUUUUUCAAGUUCAGGAACUAGAACGACGCUUGUAAUGCGAAAUCUGGCCGUGCUCAAGCACCACAGAUAACUUUGUCUCACUCCCUGUUUAUUGCCUGCUCCAUGCAGCUGUCUUGGAUUCGGUGCAUGUAAUCUGUGCUAGUGCUGCACUGACCUCGGAAGCAGACUGCGACUGGCAGUCUCGUAUUGGAUCUUCCGGUGUUUCGAAUGUACCACACCUGGAUCUGCUGGCACGGCGUUCAUUUACAUGAGAAAAUUGAAAUUUCGAUUGGAACUUGAGUGUCUUGUUUUUUUCUGACAGCAGUUGUUAACCAUCAUCGGCCCCGGGAGAUGGCAACAUGACGGUGGCAUGCGUAGACGAACGAAUACCUGACCAGCCACUGCGCGGACACGUUUCUCCAGUAUGUAAAGAGGGAGGGGGUUAGAUGCUGUGCAAGCUCCUCUACCCUAAACGUACAGUAGGUGUGCUAACUCAUGGAAUGUUGACCGACAUUUUGAAAUGCGCUUUCGUUCCGAAAAGAUAACUUAAGUAGGGUUGUAAAACUACUCAUCAUGCAGUAUAAUUCUAUAAUAAUUCAGUUACAUCGAGAUGCCGGCUUUCGAACGAACUUUUUGCGGUCGCAUGUAAAAACCAGACUUUGUAAAAAUUGACUGCCUAAGUAGCAUGAAUUUUUCUCAUUGAUUUUCGAUGCCCUUAAUAAUUCAAUUAUAUUUCAUAGAAAACAUGCAUAAAAAUAUUCCUUCUUUUACUCAUUCGGCAGAAAAUUACUUUUUCUUCCAAUUUUACACUUGAAGAACGGGUAUAAUUCGGUUUUCAAAAACUUUUCCAAGUCCCGAAUAACUUUGAACACGACCUGCCGUUGCACUUGCAUUCAGGGUUUCCAAACUACAAGCUGUGUUUUUCUUUCGCGUAUGAAAAACCAUACGUUUCUCUAUGGUAUUAAGAGGAGAUCGUAUGGGGUUCAUAAAAUUUAGCAGUGGAUUUGAGCCAUAUUGUAAAUUUAAGAAACCACAUUACCAAAUGCAGCGACACGAUGCUUUAUGAACAGGCAUUUCACGGUAUUGAAAAUCCCACAAUUUGAAACUUUUUUAAAACCGAAUUAUACCCUUUCUUCAAGUAUAAAAUUGGAAGAAGAAAAAGAAGUAAUUUUCUACCGAAUGGGUAAAAGAAUGAACAUCUUUGUGCAUGUUUUCUAUGAAAUAUAAUUACAUUUUUAAGGGCAUCGAAAAUCUAUGAGAAAAAUUCAUGCUACAUAAGCAGUCACUUUUUACAGAGUCUGGUUUUUACAUGGGACCGCAAAAAGUUCGUUCGAAGGCCGCCAUCCCGGGGUAACUGAGUUAUUACAGAAUUAUGCUGCAUGCUGACUAAUUUCACAACUCUAUUCGGAACGAAAACACAUUUUAGAAUUCCGGUUAACAUUUAAUGAAUUAGCACACCUACUGUGCUCACGCAGAAGUUUCUUUUUCUCCCCUAAGGCAGUGAUGGUAUCGUCGUUUACGACAGAUAGACUAUCGAGCCUUUCCUAGUUGUCUUCCUCUGGUCACUACCUUUGAUAAAAAUCCUUUUCAGCUCUGUUGACCCUCUCACUUCUCAAGGUCGGUAUACCGUGUGCGAGGGUCCUCGUCAGGAAAUAAAUGAGUACGGUGUGAUGACAACCUACCAGUACACUGUGUGCCCAAUGUCUGCCCCCUACUGCUGUCGGAGUUAUGACUACAUUGGCGAGCGCUGUUGUCCGGGCGAAAUGUGAGUCAGAACUUCUUAUUUCGGCUCUUUCAUCCAAUCCGGUUCUUUACUGACCACUUUAUACGAUUUGGAGAAAGCAAAGAUCACUUUUUUACGAAAUGUAGUGCCUGGCCGUUGUCUUCGGAUUUUGCAUACCGCACGACUAUUAAGAGCCGAUUUUUGCCGCCCUACUAAAACGACUCGUUCUAUAUUACGUCCAGAUAAGAUCCUACGGCUUCUUUUAGGGCAUUUAAUACUUUUCCUUCCUUAACUGCUACAGAGAGGAACUUCGCGUUCUGAGACAAGAAGUCACUGGUAAACCCUGCUUGCACAAAAUUCUUCUUUCUCACGAUGCUUGCUUCCACUCCCAACUCAUGCAGUAAUUAGAUUCUAUGUCGUAGUUCGCCCACAACGUGCUUCCGCUAACCUCCGUCAAUCAAUCGUCAAGUGGGAUGUUCCCUAUUUUCUUGUAACUUCCAAAUGUCUCCGGACCUUCCUUUUUAGCGUUUUUUGGGACUGUAGUUAUCAGUUGUUGUAGAAAUGACCAUUCUACUGGCUUGCUUUGUUCUGCCUACCAUGUAGCCACUCAUCUAUUUAGUCAACUACGACUUCGUAAAUUGCGCCAAUAAGGGCUGUCCUUUUAUUUCCUGCAAACCGUAACGCGACUCGAACGGGAAGGUAAAGGGCCUAAGUACUCAUCCAAGUCUCGUCCCUUAGGACCACACGGCCGUUAAGCGCAUAGUAUCUUUUAUGGCACAACUCCUUGCAGAGUUAUUCUGCUCUGCGGGAAAUUUUGCCAACUGACAUAUUUAUUCUCGGUAGGACUUUAUUAAUUAUCAAAAUGAAAUCAGGAUAAAAAGGCGUACUGUGAAAGGCAAGAGCUAGGCUAAGCUGUUCCCUUCGUUCCUCUCCAAUUUGCUUAUCAAAAUUAGUGUUUGGUUGCUAAACUCCACGUGUUCUGUGUUGCUUUGCUUUCGGUCCAUGUGCGUCAUAGGAGGCAAACUGGUCAUUCUAGAUGGCGGGGACGGAGCCGCCCAGUUUGUGCUUUUGCCAUUUCGUCAGUAGGUCAGGUUUGCAUGUUUCUUUGGUUUUCGGGUUAUGUCAGGACAGUUGGAAAGGUGGUUAAAACAGGCAGUGCCUCCAGCUAUGUUCUGUCAGCUGCCCACUACCCCCUGACCCCAUGAGUAAGCACACGGUAGGGCACACCUCGACCAGAAAGUGACAGUCUUACCUCCAUUCAAACGCCGACCCCUAAAUCACUGCCUACGUCGUCCGUGCGACACCCUGUCCACAAUGAGCCCCUUAAACAAUCUGUCACUGCCUCUAUGGUUGAAAAUACGGUUCGUUCGUACAAAGUAUUCUCCUGAGCAUCAUUCGCGUUCCUCUGAUAGUGAAAAAAGACAGUAAUUAGCUUCUUUAUUUUUCGUUUUUCUGCAUUUAGGCGCGGCUUUCAGCCAGCCUUCACCAUGGCUUCCGUCUUCGGGGGGCCUUUGAAUGAUUGCGCUCUUCUGUGCCCUCGUAUAUUUCUGCUGUUUUCGGCGAAAGCGGCAUAA